AUGUCAUGUGAUUCAUCAUUUGGCAUUUGGUGCAGUCGUAACAUAAACACAACAACAUCAAAUCUACGUAAUCAAUUAAUCAUUUCUCGUAAUGACAUCGACGAAGAAGAAAAAAUGCAUAACCACCAGAAUUGGUCACUAAGCGAAGUAGUCGAGAGAAAGACCAAGAAAUAUGAUUGA